AUGCCCAAACCCCGUCGCGAGUCUGCGGCGGCGGCCGACAACCGCCCCGCAUUCAAUCGGCCGCCUGGGGCGAAGACAAGACCUGCAGCGGUUGCAGCAGCAGCAGCAGCUGAUGAGAUAAUACCAGCAACUCCAAAACGGACAACACGACCUAAAGCAAAAGAGUCACCAGCAACGUCUCCUGUCAAGAAGACCAGUGGAGAGAAACAUCGAGGCCACGGUCGAAGUCCGCCAAAGAGCAGUCCAGCCAAGGAUACCGCCAAACAUGCUUCGACCUCCUCCUACAACUCCACCAGCCAAUUGUUGAGCGCCGACUCAUUGGCGAAACUCAACGCCCACAACGAGAAGGUGGAAACCCAAGAGAAGGAAUUGCAGCGAAAACGAAAAGAAAACCAAUACAAGACUGUUGGCAAAAAUGUCAGUGGUCAGAAGCGCCGUAAAAAGAACCGCGAGGUGAGCGGUAUAAGAAUGGAAGAGGGUCGAACUAAUGAAAAACAUGCCUAUGUACGAAGGCGAGGUGGAGCAGCAUCUGUACAGGACUUCAUACGUAAACGAGGAGGAAAUGGGCAAGGUCCUAGUAGAAGAUGUCUUGUGGUGUUGGUCGUCAUUGUCAUAUUAUUGUUGAUUAUUUUGGUGCCUGUUGGUGUUUUGGUGAUAGGCAGGAAUUCGCAGCAGAGCGCUUCAUCCGCUGGGCCAUCAAAUGCGAACCUCAAGAACGUCGAUCCAAACAGCAUACCAGCAGCAGCUAAAGGAACAGACACAGAUCCUUUCACAUGGUACGAUACUUCAGAUUUCAACGUGACGUAUACAGCAGAGACCGUUGGUGGACUAUCAGUCAUGGGUCUGAUGUCAGAAUGGGAUGAUUCAAACCGACCUAACAACAAUGUACCGCCGCUGGAAGACAGAUUUGCUUAUGGAAGUAUGCCAAUUAGGGGAGUAAAUGUGGGUGGAUGGCUGUCGAUAGAGCCUUUUAUCACUCCUUCAUUGUUCAAUACAUUCACCGCAAGCGAUAAUGUGGUGGAUGAAUAUACUCUGACCGAGAGGCUUGGUCCCGGUCCGGCCAAACAACUUCUUGAAGCACAUUAUGCAACCUUUGUUACAGAACAGACCUUUGUCGAUAUUGUGGAGGCAGGUAUGGAUCAUGUUCGCAUACCUUUCUCAUACUGGGCAGUCACUACCUACGAUGGGGAUCCAUAUGUUCCAAAAACUUCUUGGCGGUAUCUUCUCCGUGGAAUCGAGUGGUGUCGAAAACAUGGGCUACGCGUCAAACUCGACUUGCACGGUGCACCAGGAAGUCAAAAUGGAUGGAAUCAUAGUGGUAGGCUGGGCACAGUAGGAUGGCUCAACGGGGCAGACGGGGCGCUGAAUGGCCAACGAACGCUAGACAUUCAUAACCAGUUGUCACAAUUCUUCGCACAGGAUCGUUACAAGAAUGUGGUUACCAUAUACGGACUGGUCAAUGAGCCGAAAAUGAUGACCUUACCUACGCAGGCAGUCCUGCAAUGGAAUGAGCAGGCAAUUGACAUCAUCCGCAAGAACGGAAUUCAGCAAUACAUCGCCUUUGGAGAUGGAUUCCUGGGUUUGAACAAGUGGAAUGGUCUCUUCCAAGACGUUGACCGCGCUUUGGUUAUGGAUACACACCAAUAUGUCAUCUUCAACAACGAGCAGUUGGCCUUCACGCAUCAGAACAAGAUCAACAUGGCCUGUCAAGGAUGGAGCAGCAUGUUAUCAGCAGCCAACAAUCCUUCAACAGGAUGGGGUCCUGUUCUGUGCGGCGAAUGGUCCCAGGCUGAUACGGACUGCACCCAACACCUCAAUAACGUUGGUGUCGGCUCUCGCUGGGCAGGUACCCUGAAUACCGGAGAUCCAACUACUCAAGUGCUUACGCCAGUCUGCUCGGAACCCCCAUGCUCAUGCGAGCUGGCCAAUGCAAGCCCCAGUCAAUACUCAGCAGCGUACAAACAGUUCCUCAAAAUGUUUGCGGAAGCCCAGAUCCAUAGCUUCGAAAGGGCGUGGGGCUGGUUUUACUGGACUUGGGAGACGGAGUCAGCCACGCAAUGGAGCUGGAAGCUCGGUCGUGCGGCGGGUAUCCUGCCUCAAAAGGCAUAUGCUCCUGAUUUUAAAUGCGAUUCAGCCGUACCCUCUUUCAGCGACCUAGGAGAGAGCUACAGGUACAUCGUCGUCGACCUCAUGAACGGGGGAGACCUUCGAUUCCACAUCUCGAGGAAGACGUUUACGGAAGAUGCUCUACGUUUCUGGAUGGCUGAGCUAGGUUGUGCUCUACGGUACAUACACACCCAAGGCAUCGUGCAUAGGGAUGUUAAGCCAGAUAAUGUGUUGCUGGAUUCUCAGGGACACGUACAUUUGGCAGACUUUAAUGUUGCUUCGGACUUUAGGCCUGGAAAACUGCUUCACAGCAGGUCUGGCACUCUUGCAUACCUAGCACCGGAGGUCUUUGAUGGGUCUGGAUAUCAGUCGGAGGUGGAUUGGUGGUCUCUGGGUGUUACCUUCUAUGAAUGUCUGUACAACAAGCGACCCUUUGACGCUAGAGGACAUGAAGCCCUGGCUGCUAGCAUCAAAGCCGCAAACCCCAGGUUCUACGUCACGCAACCACCUGUUUCCAUGCCAUGCCUCCAUGCAAUUUCGUCUCUUCUAGAAAAGGACAGGCGAAAACGAAUUGGUGCUGCUGGUUUUGAGACAUUCACCUCUAACCCUUUUUUCCAAUCGAUAGACUUUGUGGCGCUAGAGCGCAAGCAAAUACCUCCCAUAUUUGUACCAUCAACCGAAAAGACUAACUUUGAUGCCACCUACGACCUGGAGGAGCUACUACUUGAGGAAGCACCACUCGAAGCCAGAGCGCGCCGGCAGAAACCACGAGCCGAGCUAAAGGACGAUGCUACAGAUAGAGAGAUCAGAGAGGACGAGCUACACCGUAUGGUCGAAACAAUGUUCGAACCUUUCGAUUACACCACGACGAGCUACGAAGGGACUGCCGCCGCUGCGCUUGCUAACGGGAAAGAGGAACGUCCCGAAAUCACCUCUGCCUCUUCACAUCGAUCUCACACUCGUUCGUCCACAACCUCGCCCGGCGGUUCGCCGCCGUUGGAUGCUGCCAGUAUGCCUACUCCUGGAGCCAGCGCCACGAGUCACCCAGAAUACUCUGCCAAAGCCGACAAGAAGCAGAAGAAGGAUAUUUCCAAAAGCGAAGGCUCAUCUGCAUCAAAUCCAACAUCCUUCAGUCGUCCGAUACCUCCGAAGCGUACUAGUGGUGCGAGUCGCAAGGUAAGCAAAAGUGGCGGCAUCCAGAUGGUUCUUGAUGAAGCUGGUAGCUGGUCUGGUUUGUCUGAUCAAAAUGCAACACUUCCAGUAGAUAGUCUGGAGGGUGUUGGCAAAGAAGGGAAAGGCGGCGGUACAGGUAUGCUGGGCUUUUUGAGCAGAAAGAAAGGGCGAGACAGAAGUCCCAAACCACAAGAACCUGGGAUCUUGGGUAAGGAAGGAGCACGGCGCAUCAUUGGCUGA